CGCCGGGCUUCCGCGUGGCAGGCAGAGUGCAGAGCUUAUUCCACUCAGUGUAGACACCCCAGGCGACCCGUUUCUUUUCCAAGAUGCCCGCCCCGACGUGCUUCUCCUGUCACAAGAGCCGUGCUGCCCUCCGUCGCCCACGCUCUGGGCAGGCGCUGUGCGGCUCCUGCUUCUGUGCUGCCUUUGAGGCUGAGGUGCUGCAUACGGUGCUUGCCGGGCACCUGCUGCCGUCGGGCGCUGUAGUGGCCGUGGGUGCCUCUGGUGGCAAGGACUCCACAGUGCUGGCACACGUGUUGCGCGAGCUUGCUCCACGCCUGGGCAUCACCCUGCACCUGGUGGCCGUAGAUGAGGGCAUCGGCGGCUACCGCGACGCUGCGCUGGAGGCGGUGCGCAGUCAGGCGGCUCGCUGGGAGCUGCCGCUCACCAUCGUGGCCUACGAAGAUCUCUUCGGGGGCUGGACGAUGGACGCCGUGGCCCGCAGCACUGCAGGCUCUGGCCGCAGUCGCUCCUGCUGCACCUUCUGCGGGGUGCUGCGGAGGCGCGCGCUGGAGGAGGGUGCGCGCCUUGUGGGAGCUACACAUAUUGUGACAGGCCACAACGCUGACGACAUGGCUGAAACCGUGCUCAUGAACUUCCUGCGUGGUGAUGCUGGGAGGCUGGCGAGGGGUGGAGUGCUGGGCUCCACGGGCGAGGGGUGCGCACUUCCCCGGUGCCGGCCUCUGCAGUUUGCCUCGCAGAAGGAGGUGGUGCUGUAUGCGCACUUUCGACAUCUCCGCUACUUCUCCGAGGAGUGUGUGUAUGCUCCUGAGGCCUUCCGUGGCCAUGCUCGGGACCUGCUUAAGCUCCUGGAGGCGGCCAGACCAUCAGCCGUGCUGGACCUCGUGCACUCGGCAGAGCGACUAGCUCUGGCUCCCGCAGCAAGGCCCCCUCCUCCAGGCACCUGCUCCCGCUGCGGAGCGCUGGCCAGCCACAAGCUCUGCCAGGCCUGUGCGCUCCUGGAUGGCCUCAACCGAGGCCUGCCACGCCUGGCCAUCGGCAAGGGCCGCCGUGUGCUGCAAGUUGAGCCACCACAGCCUGGGAACCCAAGCGUAGUCAUCAGUGACCCUGUGGCCCCACCAGGACCCUGCAUCUGCAAGCAACCCAAAGAUGAAGCCAACCCAUGCGGGAAUGGAGGGGAUCGAGCAGGAGCUACCUGUGUAUCACAGAGUGACCUGAGCCCUGGGAAUGGAGGGGACCGGGCAGGAACCACCUGUGCACCUCAGAGUGACCUGCCCCCCGGGAAUGGAGGGGACCGGGCAGGAACCACCUGUCUAUCUUAGAGUGACCUGAGCCCGGUGAUGGAGUGACCUGAGCUGAGCUCUGCACUUUACAUUGCCCUGUGCCCGGGGAAGUGAUUGUACCUCAGUGCCCUGCAACUGUAGAGUAAUCUAUACACUGUGAAGUGAUUUCCCUUCAGUGCACUGCACUCUGGGACUGACCUGUUUCCCUAUGGAGUCGCUAUACUUUUCAGAGUCACUUGAGCCCAGCAGAUUAUUGUACCGUACAGUGGCCUACACCUAUAAAGUAACCAGUGCCCUUCAACCUGAGCCCCAUGGACUGACUGUACCCCAUGGAGGGAUGUGCCAUGUAUAGUAACCUGACCCUUGAAGAAGUGUAGGGAGCUCUAGGCAGGGCUACCAAGUCUAAGAGAGAAGGGAACAACAUCCAUGCAUUCCUGCACACCUCUGUGGGGCCAUGUAGCCCUGACCCUCCUUUUCCGUUUUCCCAAAUCAGGUAAACAAAGUCACAUGAGUACUAGGAAUAUCCACAUGACUACACCUGUCUCAUCCAGACACAGCUCUUGCACCUACGGGAAUCCGAGAAAAUUUACUCUGAACCAGUUGGGACCUUCCAUGGCUGGGUACGACGUGAAAUGAAACACUGCUGUGGGAGCAGUUACGCAAAUAUUUACAGCCCCAGAACAAUAGAAAAAAGUCAUUAAUCAAGACAUUGGUCAAAUACAUCGGUGUGAACUUCAGGUAGACAGGUCCCUUCCGGAAGUCUCAGGCACUAUCUGAUAUCUUUUUUAGCUUGUGGGUCUUUGGAAGCCAGCGCUCUGCUGAGCUGAUACAUUCCGAAUCAAAUUUGUGGUUUUCACAUGGUUGUUGGGUCAGUGUCCUGGCUGGCCACUUUUGGCUUUAUUUUGUCAACUUUACACAGGCUGGGAUCAUCUGAGAAAAUGCUUCCAUAAGAUUGGCUUACAGGCAAGCCUGUGGGGCAUUUUCUUGAUUGAUGAUUGAUGUGGGCGGUCCAGUCCCUAGGCAGGUGGUCCUGGAUACUGUAAAGAAGGCUGAAUAACCCAGUCAGUAGUAGCAGUGUUCCCCCAUGGCCUCUGCCUCAGUUCCUGCUCUGACUGCCCUCAGUAAUGGAGUGUGACCUAAAAUGUAAGUUGAAAUAAAACCUUUUCUCCCUAA